CUCCCACCGCCCCCCACCGGCCCGGACAGCCGCCCCCAGCCCGGCAUGCCGGGGCCAGGACGGUCCCGCCUGAUGCCCCUGCUGCCCCCGCUGCUGAUACCCCUGCUGCCCCUGCUGCUGAUGCCCCUGCUGCUGAUGCCCCUGCUGAUGCCCCCCGCCUUGGCCCUGCCCCAUCAGGACCUGUUCCCCUACGGGCCGGCCCGGGCCGACCUCCUGCUGCAAGAAGGAGACGACGAGACCUCCCCCGUGGUCCAGCUGCGAGCCCCCCUGCCCUUCUACGAAGCCCAGUUCGGGAGCCUCUAUGUGGGAACCAACGGCAUCAUCUCCACCCAAGACUUUCCCCGGGAGACCCAGUACGUGGACGAUGACUUCCCCACAGACUUCCCUGCCAUCGCUCCCUUCCUGUCAGACAUCGACACGAGCAACGGGAGGGGGAAGGUCUACUACCGGGAGGACGACUCGGAGGAGGUGUUGAGCCAGGCCGCCCGUUACGUUCACAUGGGGUUCCCCAGCACCGCCGCCGGCUUCACGCCGACCCGGGCCUUCGUCGCUACCUGGGAGGAUGUGGGGGCUUAUGAGGAAGUGACCCGCGACCAGCCCCCGUCCAGUCAGCUGAACACUUUUCAAGCCGUUUUGGCAUAUGACGAGUCUGAUGCCUACGCCCUCUUCCUCUACCCCGCCAGCGGGCUCCAGUUCUUCGGCACCCGACCGAAGGAAUCGUACAAUGUCCACCUGGAGCUGCCGGCCCGAGUGGGUUUCAGCAGGGGAGAAGUCGACCACCUGAAGCGGGAAGGCCCCCACUUCAGUGUCACUAGCACAGAGCAGUCGGUGAAAAAUCUCUACCAAAUGAGCAACCUGGGCCUCCCCGGCGUGUGGGCGUUCCAUAUCGGCAGCUCGUCGCAGCUGGAGAACGUCGUGCCCGCCACCUCCGAGGGGAGCAGCCCGGUCCCUCCGGGCCGCUCUCCCGUCAGCACCUCCUUGGAGCACCGGCGCCCAGAAGACAACCUGGACUACGCCGAGACGUUUUAUGACGAGGACGGCGAUGCCAUCGACUAUCCCCCCGCUGGCUCUCUGGAGCCGGAGCUGGACGGCCACGGCCCCACGGGUCCUCCGCCCCCCUCGGAUGGCAACCCGCGCAGCGAGUCUAAUGGCCAAGAGCUCAGGCCUUCUGGCCCCCCGCUGCCCCAGCCGGGGUCCCCCGGGACGGCUUCUCUUCUCCCCUUGUCUCCUCGGUUAGAAGACGGGCCUCCGGAACGGGGAGCAGGCCCGCCCGCGCCGGGAGAGCGAGUCGACCCUCCUCGACAGACAGGAGAAGAAGGGUCAUCUCCAUGGGAGGCCCAGCAUGGGAGCGGAGUCACCGGGGCUCCACCGUCUUCCUCUGCACCAGCCUACCCCCCUGGCCGGGCAGAUGUUCCACUGGCCUUACCUGAGGGAGAGGCGGUCCUUCCCGGAUACCCCUUGCCUGGCCAAGCUCCACCAUUCAACCAUGGGAAGUAUGCAGUCGGCGUGGCAGAAGAUCUUAAUGCCAACACCAAGGUGUUCACCUACAGCGCCUCCGGCAGGGAGACCUGUGAACGGAACCACGGCCAGUGCUCACAGUAUGCCUUCUGCACCGACUACGCUACCGGCUUCUGCUGCCACUGCCAAUCCAAGUACUACGGGGAUGGGAAGCAUUGUCUGCCAGAAGGAAUGCCUCACCGGGUCAACGGGAAAGUGAGUGGCCAACUCGGCGUGGGCCAGGCGUCCGUGGCCUUCGACGACGUGGACCUGCACGCCUACAUCGUGGGGAACGACGGGCGGGCCUACACCGCCAUCAGCCACAUCCCCGAGCCCGCCGCCCCUGCCCUCUUGCCGCUGGUGCCCAUCGGCGGUCUAUUCGGCUGGCUCUUCGCUCUGGAGAAACCGGGCUACCAGAACGGCUUCCGCAUCGCAGGAGCCGAAUUCACUCACGAGAUGGAGGUGUCCUUCCACCCGGGAGAAGAGCAGGUCCACAUCACUCAGACGGCCGAGGGUCUGGACCCGGAGAACUACCUCACAGUCAGGACGAUGAUCCGCGGCCGGGUCCCGGCCGUUCCGGAGAAUUCCACCCUCCAUAUGGGCCCCUAUGAGGAGCUCUACCGCUACCACAGCUCGGGCGUGACCUCCACCGCUUCCCGAGAGUACACUCUAGUGUCGGGCGGGGUCGAACGGACGCUGUCGUACCGGGUCCGGCAGAACUUUACGUACCUGGCCUGUGGUCCCGCUGGCCCCAGCAGGGCGGUACCCGCCAGCCAGCAGCUCAGGGUGGACCGCGUCUUCGCUCUGUACAGCGCCGGGGAGAGGGUGCUGAGGUUCGCCGUCACCAGCCACGUGGGGCCCAUAGAAGGAGAUGCUGACGCGUUGACGGUGAACCCCUGCUCCGACGGCACCCACACGUGUCACGGCUCGGCCCGGUGCCUGGCGGGAGCGGCGGGCCCGGCCUACACUUGCGAAUGCACCGCCGGCUUCCAGGGAGACGGGCGCCACUGCGAGGAUGUGGACGAGUGUGCUACGGGCUCCCACCACUGCGGCCCCAACUCCCACUGCAUCAACUCGCCGGGCAGCUACCGGUGCCUGUGCCACGGCGGGUCCCAGCUCGCCCCUGACGGGCGUACCUGUGUUCUUGUUUCCCCUCCCUCCGACCCCUGCGAAGAUGGCAGCCACAACUGCGGCCCCCCGGACCGUGCCCGCUGCGUCAGUCACGGGGGAGGCUCCUUCAGCUGCGAGUGUCUCCCCGGCUACGUCAGCGACGGCCCGGACUGUGCCGAUGUGGACGAGUGCGCGGAAGGCCGAUGUCACCACGCAGCCGCCUGCCACAACUCCCCGGGCUCCUUCACCUGCCACUGCCAAGCCGGCUACCGAGGGGACGGCUUCCAGUGUGUACCCGACCCCGUCCCCGGUCUGAAGCUGUGCGAAUACCAGCGACGCUAUUCCCAGGCCGAGCCGGACUUCCACAUCCCGCAGUGCGACGAGCAAGGAGACUUCCGGCCUGUGCAGUGCCACGGCAGCACCGGCUACUGCUGGUGCGUGGACCAGAACGGCCUGGAGAUCGGCGGCACCCGGACCCCCCCGGGGGCCUCCCCGCCCCGCUGCGCCACUCCAGAGCCCACGCAGAGGCCGCAGACGUUCUGCGAGCGAUGGCGGCAGAAUCUCCUGGAGCAUUAUGGCGGACGGCCCCGGGAAGACCAGUACGUGCCCCAGUGUGACCAGCUGGGCGAGUUCCGCCCGCUGCAGUGCCACGGCAACAGUGACCACUGCUGGUGUGUGGGCCGUGACGGCAGGGAGCUCGAGGGGACCCGGUCCCGCCCGGGCGUCCCGCCGCCGUGUUUGCCCAGCGUGGCCCCGCCCACCGCCCAGCCUUCACCGCGUCCUGACGUGAACCCCCCGGCCACGGGCACCUUUCUCCUUUACGCCCAGGGGCAGCAGAUCGGCUACUUACCUUUGAAUGGCACCCGGCUUCAGAAGGACUCGGCAAAGACCCUGCUGUCCUUGCAUGGCUCCAUAGUUGUGGGCAUCGACUACGAUUGCCGGGACAGGACGGUGUACUGGACGGACGUGGCCGGGAGGCUGAUCAGCCGGACCAGUUUGGAACCGGGCUCUGAGCCCGAGACCAUCAUCAACUCAGGGCUGAUGAGUCCAGAAGGGCUGACCAUCGACUAUUUCCGCAGAAUCAUGUUCUGGACCGACAGCGGCCUGGACAAGAUAGAGAGCGCCAAGCUGGACGGCUCGGAGCGCCGCGUUCUCUUUGACACGGACCUGGUGAACCCCCGCGCCAUCACCGUGGACCCCAUCAGAGGAAAUCUGUACUGGACCGACUGGAAUCGGGAGGCUCCAAAAAUUGAAGUCUCAUCCGUAGAUGGAACGGGCAGAAGAAUCUUGGUGAAUAAAGACAUCGGGCUACCAAAUGCUUUGACCUACGACCCCUUCUCCAAGCUGAUCUGCUGGGCAGAUGCAGGAACCAAGAGACUGGAGUGUACGCUACCGGACGGCACGGGACGACGCGUCGUGCAAAAUAACCUCAACUACCCCUUCAGCAUCGUCAGCUAUGCGAAUCACUUCUACCACACUGACUGGAGGAGGGACGGGGUCAUAGCCGUAAACAAGGACACGGGCCACCUGACUGACGAGUUCCUUCCGGAGCAACGGUCGCACCUCUAUGGUAUCACCGCGGUCUACCCCUACUGCCCCACAGGAAGAAAAUAAACCGUGACUACCUGCGGGGCGUAAAGGAGAAGUCAGUCUUUACCGAAGAGAGCCCUGAGCCAGAAGAAAACUCACUGCAGACGGUUAAAGGGGAAAGGAGGGGGACCAAAGCCCAUUCUAGUUCCCGGAGUUGCGAUGAAAUGAAAUUGGCUUAAUGCAAACGACUGAUUAGUAAGUGCAUUUGGGGGAUACAAAAAAAAAAUACCUCAAUCUUUACUACUGUAUUUUUUCAAAGUUAAAAACAGUUCAAGGAAAAAUGGCCCUCUGUGUACUCCCUGGUGCUUACUGAAGCAACUUUCCCCUCCCCUCCUCCCGGCAAAGCUGAAUUCGGCUUUGAAUGUUUGAGAAAACAGAGUCUGGCGGCAGCUUGGGGGCUGCUUUUAGUCGGGCAAGAAGCACAGCCCGAGCUCGUAACUGUGCCACCUUUAAGGAGGAGGCCCCGGUCUGGGAAAGAGCCAGCAUAUUUAAUGCUUUCCAGACAUAGAGCUGAGGUUGUUUUUUGUUUUUAACACCUAUGCAAUCACAGCAUUUCUUUUAGUAUUUAUAUUAGGAGAACGGGCCAGAACCAAAGAAGGCAUUUCUAUUUUAUGGUCCUAUUAAGUGCCUCUAUAGAGUUACCCUCUGGGGGGGAGAAAAAGAAAAAAAAAACCCCUCCGUCAAUACUUAUAAGAUGUAACAUCUUUGCUAUCAUUGUCUCAAUCUCUCCAAUAAAAUAUUUGUUUUCUGAC